AUGAUCCAUGUUUUGUUUCUGUCCCUGAUCGCAACACUUGCGGCUGUGAUGACGUGCAGCGAGAGCAGUGCAGAUCUUGACUCUCAGAACUGCGCGGCCAGCUGGCUGCAAGAAAGGUACCAGCUUCAUUCCGGCAACGAGACUCUUGCCGGGGCCCGGCACGUAGACUGGGAACCACAUGUGUCUGGCAGCGAGCUCGCGAUUCUUGCAGUGCUUGUGUUUCUUGUGUUCAUCCUGAUGCACGAAUGCUGGGUUGGAUACGACCACGACCCGAUCUUGUCCACCGAACCGAUCAGAGAGAUCAGCGCAUGCUCAGUUUAUUUGUUUGUUGUUGAACUUAGCUUUCUAAUUGUCGUCCCGUUGUCCAUGGACUAUGCCUUGGCUAUGGGAGAGUUUGUCGCUUCCAGCGGAGCUGUACUCGGAGUUACUUUGCCCGCUCAAUACGUUGGGUAUCGCAUCGGUAUGUGGAUGGAUAAAAAGAGUGAUUGGUUCAGGAUAAAGUGUGUGGUCUGUCACGUUGUGGCACUGCUUUGCUAUCUUGGUCUCGCUCUCCUUCUACGAUCUGCGGCACGCUCCGGCCAUGCUUUGCGGCAGACAUUUUGGAUCGCCAUUUGCGUGCAAGUGGCAGCUACAACGUUCCGCAACAUCCCUUCCGGCACGUGGAAGGCCAUACAAGACGGUACUAAGUCUGAUGCGCACUAUAAAUUGUCCAAAUGCGGCGGCAGCAUGUGUGGCCCCAUUCUCUUCGCUUUCAUGGUUUAUCAGAUGCACAGCUUGAGCCCGGUCGGGAUGAUGGCCUGCAUAUUUGGUGUCCUUCUCGUUGGACAGGCCAUCCUCACUGCAUUAACGGCUCUCACUUUUGCCCCCUACUCUAAGAAAAAAUCUAUGAUAGACGCUAUGAUGACAGAGGAGAGCCGGAACGAAGCUUCAGAAGAGAGACUGCCCAAAAGCGAUGAAGCAACGAAGAGGGAAAGGUUGGUGUGGAAUCUGAUCAUACACUGGUACGAGCACAACGUCUCCUUCUUCGCAAGUGAAUUUGGCAUGAUCACGAUUCUCGAAAUCACGUAUGAAUGGUCAGUUGGAGCAUGUGCGCUUGCCAUGUCUGCAAAACAAGUGGCAAGAUUUCUCAUCAUCCGCAUGCUCGGCAAACUCCGGGAAACAACGUCGUUUACGGAGCGUGGACUAUUCUUUGCUUCGGCUUGUGUUGCAAUGUGUUUCUCGCUUCUUCUCUUCCAGUGGCACUGGACUGGGAGCUCUGGAGCCAUCAGCCUGCUGGUGGCCGACAGUAUGAUUUAUUGCUUCACAUGCGCCACUUGUACUCCAGCAAGAACUUGGUGUGUGCUCUCAUACAGAGGGAGGCCAGACCUGCAGUGGUUGCAGGCCGAACACCGCUGGCAGGCAGGUCACACUGACGCAGUCUGUUCGUUGCUGGUAUCGAUCCUCAUAAGGUUCCUUGUGGACAAGGGUGGACGGAACUACUUCGCAAUCUUUCAACUUGUCGUCCUUUUCCUGGCCUUCUGUACUGCAUGCAAAGCCGUGUCUUUGAAGCAGGAAGUUGACAAG